AUGCCGCCUUUAGGGUUUGGUAUUGCCUGCAGCUGUUUACACUUUACACAAAAGCUUUCAAUCAUUCCUUCUCCAAACGCUUCCUUUCGGUCUGAAGUUCAAGUUAAUCAUGUUGAAGAUAAAAACUCCCAAAUCAGGAAAAGCUAGACGAGAGAUUGAAAAACGGGCCCCCAAACUUGUUGAAAGUGGGAAGAAAACUCUGAUACUUCAAGGUACAAAGACUAGCAAUGUAUUGAAUGCUGUGUUGACUGAAAUUUAUCAUCUUAAGAAGGAUAGUGCUGUGAGAUAUACGCGGAAGAAUGAAAACAUCAGACCAUUUGAGAGCGGUGGUGAAACUUCUUUAGAGUUCUUUUCUCUCAAAACUGAUUGUAGCAUCUUUGUGUUUGGUUCUCAUUCAAAGAAGCGGCCCGAUAAUCUUGUUAUUGGGCGAACUUACGAUCAUCACAUAUAUGAUCUCGUAGAGGUUGGUGUUGAAAAUUUUAAAAGCAUGGAGUCAUUCACAUAUGAUAAGAAACUAUCUCCAAAAGUUGGUUCAAAGCCUUUCAUUGCUUUUAUUGGAGAAGGAUUUGAGAGUGUAGAUGAGCUGAAACAUUUGAAGGAAGUUCUGCUUGAUCUGCUACGAGGAGAGGUUGUGGAAAAUUUAAAUCUUGCUGGUCUAGAUCAUGCUUAUAUUUGUACAGCUGUGUCUUCAAAUAGGGUAUUCUUUACUCACUGUGCAAUGCGGCUGAAAAAGUCUGGGACAAUAGUACCUAGGAUGGAACUGGUAGAAGUCGGUCCUUCCAUGGAUUUGGUAGUCCGACGGCAUCGCCUCCCUAACGACAGCGUAAGGAAAGAAGCUAUGAAAACAGCCAAGGAACAGCCUAAAAAGAAGGUGAAAAAUGUUAGCCAAGAUGUAAUACAAGGAAAAGUUGGGAAGAUAUAUGUUCCAGACCAACAGGUUGGAAGCGUGGCUCUACCUUACAAAGCAAAGGGACUAAAACGAGAGCGUCGUGAAGCUAAGAUGAAACAUGAGACAAAUGAUCGAGCACCAAAGAAACAGAAGGAAAAUUCUGAGUAACUCUGUUUGGCUCUCUACCAAAAGAUACAGAUUUUGAGUAACUCUGUUCAAUCUGUCAACUCCAAGGAUAUUCAUGUCCACGUUUCUCAUUGCUCAGAACCCUUUUACCUCUUUUUGACUGCUUGAAAUUCAGGCAUUUUGUCUAGAGACCAACCGCAUUUGCUGCCUUCUGUUUUAUUUGGUUUAGAUGCUGAAUUAUCUGUCUUAUUAUCAUCCAUUACUGUAUUGUAAAUCAAUUUAAACAACAGGUUUUGAUGUUUUUUUUUAAUGAUCAUGAUCACUGAGUCUCUUAACCAACUA